CUCAGGCUCAAUCCGUCUUUUGUUCUCAAGAAGCCAUGUCCGACCACCCGCGCUGAGGCUCGUUUCCUCAACGUCCUCACGCCCUUCCUUCUGCCGUGACCUCUCCACCUGCAUCAAUCCGCCAAGUGUCCCACUCAUAAAAGGUCUCGCUUCCCGUUCAAUCGUCCUGGAGGCCCUUCGUAGUGAGCCAUUUUCUCGUUGUCAGCCAGCGACACCAUGUAUCAGCUUGGUUGGGGACAGUUGAAUGAGAAUCAGAACCAGCCCGAUAGUAUUCUGCAAUGGAAUCAUCUGCAAUUGGACAUCGUAGGUUUCUUAGCUAUCCUCGGUGAAAGUGCAGUUGUCUCCACAUCUCAAGUGGCCACCCUCUCACGCAUGUUCUUCCUCCCUCGACUACUCCCUGCCCCGCAAGCUCUGUUACGACCAUCACGGCCGGACAAGCUGCAGCCCAUCUCAGGCCAAGCUGUGGGAGUAACGUCAGGAAACAAACGAGAUUACAUCAACUUCCUAGGUCAUGUCUUAGCAAACGCCGACAGCCUACCGGACUACGCCGUCAAGUGCAUAAAGAUAAAGAGGAUACAUAACGAGGGAGUGGUCAGAGCAAGACCCUUUGGGCCCACUUGGUGGGUUGCCGUCCUGGGCUGUGUUCUGUCCGUUGUGAUUCUCGCAAUUUCGGUAUGGCAGCAAGACGGCAUGGCUAUACUUGCAGACAUAUGCUUGUCAUUCUUGUCGACUCUAGUCGGCGUCGUGAACAAGUGGAACCUCAACCUCCCCAAAAGAGCCGGAGACAAAAAUCACUACACGCCUCCAGGAGAUGUCAUUCUCAGAUAUCCGAAGGGCAGCUUUGUCGUUAUUCGGUGCUCAGAAGACGUUGCCAGGGAGCUUUUCUUCGCUCCAGAGGGCAUUGAAUAUGACAUUGAGACACCUUGGAAGUAUAGAAUGAUUGCUCUGGUGGGCAGUAUCUUGCUCAUGUUUGGAGUCAUUUUCCUCGGCAAUGCUCGAACCAACGUCCAGGUCGCCUUUGCAGUAGCAUACAUGAUACUUAACGCGGCGUACUGGAUCAUUGCAGCCUUGCCAAAGAGAUUCCACUGGGACACGAGCGCCUUCGAAGUCAUCCCCGAAGCCUUUGCCGAGCCACAAAUGAACCGCGAGAUGCUUCGCGAAGCAAUCGUGAAGCAAUUGAAAGAGGGCAAGCAAGACAUCUGCUUAAAGACGAUAGACAAGGAUCUACCUAAAACCAUUCCUCCCAAAGCACAAUGCAAAGAUUUUGUCUCGUACAACAAGACCUUUACUCAAGCACUAUGGAAAGUUAUUAUUGCCACCCGUGAGAUUGAAUGGAUCCGCAAAAGUGACGCGGCGCCCACCUCAGAAGCCUGGGACCGGUGGUUGGCUCUUGCCCACGAAGUUGCAUUGAAUGCUCCCGAACCGACAAACAUCGACCAGAAGUAUAAGGGUAAAAUGCGAUCUAUUCAACACUAUCAUGUGCCUGACUGGAAUGCUCAAGGGGCACUAAUCGACGCUCUCAACGGAGUGAAGCAGCAAGAAAUCAAGAAAGACCAACAGAAGACGGCCACAAACCAAACCCAAUCCGAUCUUAACAUGCGCGAAGAUCCCAGCAAAACUGUUUGAUACAGGACACAUUAUCAUCAUAUAUGUCCCAUGACUGCAAUUCACUGAUUACAUGUCACAUCUGCGCAUUCGAACCAUGCGAUACCCCCAAAAAGUUAGCUCAUAACGACUUAUGACCGCGCAAAAGUUAAGAACAAAUUCAUUCAUCUCAUACAUGUGCAUCUCUUCUUGGAAAGAAAAAACAAAUUGCAUAUCGAAGCAAGCAAUGGACAAAAAUGGAAUAUCUGUUUAAUCUACUGUUUGUUGUUUGGGUAUUAAGAGGCAGCUGCGGCACUCCUUAAUUUGCUUCUGGAGCGCGUACACCCAAUCGCCUCAUCUCAAAGAUUUAGUGUAUGACAGUGCGUGCAUUUUUCUUAGAUAUGAAUGAGAUUCAUGACCACAUUAACAUCGAUUCUGU